GCCUGGGUGUGUGUGCGCAUGUGCGAGUGUGUGCGCGUGCACACGUGCAUGCGUAUGAAAGAGAGACACAGGGUGGAGAGUGACUGGAGAUGAGAGACAGUGGGUCUCUCCCUAAUGCCAGACGCCCUGACUGUGGAUUCCACGUCCACUCUCCUCUAGACCCACUCCCCGCAGCCACCCCUGCCACGUGCCCCCCGUAGCUUUCCACCAGCCUGUCUGUGCGUCCACUGCAGCCACAGCAAGUAGAAAAGUGGCAGCCUUGGCCCUCACCCCUUACCCUUCUGUGACCCCCCCCCCCACAUUGCCUCUCCUUGGCGAUGCGCCCACAGGUGGGGGGGACCUUGCGCCGGUGAGUUGCUGACACACCCACUCACCAGCUCUGCCCAGUGUCCCGGAGUCGUGCCUUCCCUGCCGCAGCCCCCCACCUCCUCCCCACCCACCUGGGGUUCUGCUCAGCUCCCCCACGCCAGGUCCCAGACCCCAGCUUCCCCGGCAGCUCGCAGGACACGUUCAGCCACUUCCUGGAUGGAGGGACAAGGAUGGCUUGAGCAAGGUGCACUGGGUCUUGUGCCGGUCUCCGCAGCCUGCCCAGCCUCCCUGGCCACCGCCUGGGAGCGGCUGCCACCCACGGGCGCUGGCCGGGACCUCUGGAGCCAGACCUUGGCAGCUGCACUGUGCCCUCCACAGAGCCUCGGACCCGGAGUAUGCCUGCGCCCCCAUGGCACUCAGCCCAGAUGCUGCACCAUCCAGGUCAGUUCCCGCCUGCCCCACGGUGCCCCACCCGCUUCUCACCCAGGUGACGCGCCUACCUGAGACUCAGAACCCAGAGGGGCAACGUUUGUCGUCGCGAUGCAUAGAACGCAUUGGCCUGGAGUGAAAAGUGCUAAAAGUGACAGGCUCGCUGAUGAAAGUCUGUUUUGUCCGAUUGGUUUGCCAGCGAGGUUGAGAGUGGAUGAGUCCAAUGAGCUCUGUGCUUUUGACAGAUAUAUAUCUACAUGUUACACAUCUAGUAUGCGAUACCCAGGAGGUUAUAUCAUUGCAACUCUGUAAGCUUGGCAUGAAAGCUUUGGUGCCAAUUUAAAAAGGGGCUGGGGGAAGGCGGGAUGGCUUUGCAAAAUUCCUUAAUGGUGUCUGCAAGCAAAAAUGUUUGCUGACCCCCAGUCUAGGGCAUCCACUGUUCCUCACUGGCAAGGCUGUCAGCUUGGUAGUUGCUCUCUGAGCUUUGCACACGAUGGGUAUUCUGUUAAUGCAAGUGGGCGGGGGUGUAGAGCAGGACGCCCAGGUCUUGAGCCUCAGAGAUUUCCACACCCAGUUCGUGGGGUCCUGGGUUCCUCCUCCACCCACCUCUAGUCUUUGGGGUCCAUCUCACGCAUGUCUGUCACUGUGGGCUCCAUCAUCCUGGCACCCAUCAUCACCACUUCACCAUACCCUGCAACUACCGGGUCCCGGGGCCUGGCCCAUCCUUCCCCGUGGGCUGGCCAUCUCGGGCUCCCAUCACCUCCACCUGGCCUCUGUCAUCCUGAGCGCAGCAUCUCACCUCUGUCACUGUGGACCUGGCCAUCACCCAUCCAUCCUCUGCCUCACCUCCAUCAUCCUCGCUUCGGGGCUCACUCUGGCCCCCAGGGCCUUGUACAUGGUAGGCUUUCAUUCAUUCGUUUGCACAUUCGGUGAAGGUCUACUGUGUGCCAGGCCCUGUGCCAGGCAGCAAGUAAAUGGACGUGGCCCGUGGGAGUGCACACCUCGGGGAGACGCACGAGAGCCGGCGGAUGGCACAGAGCCUGGGCCAGGGCGGCUUGGGGACGUGGUGCAGAGAAGGGCGGGUCUGACUGCAUGGCGGUGGGGACGUUCAGCCCAGGUCCUGCUGAGUGAGUUCUGCAAGGGGAGCCUACCUGUGCCCACUUUCUUCCCUGCUGGUGGCCGGCAUCUCAAAACUGGCACCAGGAGCCCAGGCCCUCCCAGCCUGCCUGCAGGGUCCUUGCUCCCAGGCCCCUGGCACAAGUCCAGCCCCUCUGGCAGCCUGGGCUCCUUGCACUGUGCACCCUGUUCUCUGACUCAGCCUCCUUGCUGUCCCCUUUGUUGGGGAUCACCCAGUCCUGCCCAGAUCCUUCGAUGUUGGUCACAUAUUUCCACGUUUUAGAUGGUAAACUGAUGCUCAGACUGGGUCCCUGAGUGUCACAUGUCAGGACUUGGAGGGAGGGUUAAGGACUAAAUUUUGUGCUCUUUCCACCAAAGUUGAAAUGAAUGAAAGAACGAAUGAAUGAACGAAUGAAUUGAUGACGUAAGAGAAAGGAGGUGGGUGGUGGGGAAGAUUGGACUUCUCAGCCUUGGAGUGGCUUCAAGGCAGAGUUAGACCACAUUGGAGGACGGGGGGUCACAAGGGGUCAGGGAGGGGCAGCCAAGUCUGUGAUGGAGGGUUAGGGUUAGGGUAAAACCAGACAAUGGUGGACAAGGCAGUGAAUUUCUUGUAAAGCAAAAUUUAUUUCAUUGUAAGAUUCUGAGCUGUGUCCUUGUAGUUUGGUCUGUUACAAUGCACUUCUGUUCUCUCACAUCAUGGUGGUCAAGGAUGGUUUGGUCUAUUGACUUGAAUGUCUUUGCUUGGCCAGGUGGUGGUUGUCAGAUAUCCAUCUGGGCAUUUUCCAGGUCUUGAGGGUCAGAAACUGGGACCCUCUAGUGUCCACCAGGACCCUGUGGAUGUGCUGGGGGAGGGGCACCGGCUUGUGGGGAGUGAUGGCGGAUGUCUUCAAGGUCCUCUGCAAGUCCUGGAGUGGACUCAGUUUUAGGGGACCUUGGGUGUCAGUCAUCAGAUGUUUUAGGUUUGGUUAUUUGGAGUUCUCCCCUUGGAGAAGGAACUUCUGUAACGUUGACGAUCCUUAAAUUGCCUGUUAGACUCUGAAUCUGAACCAGAAUUGGUGUGGCAUGUGCAUACUGCCUGGGGGUCUGUAGGUAUGAGGUGGUCCCAUGGGUUUCCGCUUUGACCUGAGAAUGUCCAUCAUCUCGCAGGGUGGGGCUGCACUUCAUGGCAGUUGGAGGCUGAAAAGCACUGCUAGGUUCAUGCAACAGCUAUGCCUAUCCCCACUCAGGUGUCACACAGACCCCCUCCUGCACUCAGGUGUCACACAGACACCCUCCUACACACAUGUG